AUGAGAGCUACAGUUGUUUUGUCGCUUUUAGUGCUAAUUUCUACCGAUAUAUGCCAGUCAGACGAUGAUUUGUUAGCUCCGGACGACAAUACAUUUGAAGAUCCGAAUUCCUGGAGUUGCGGAAGCGAUCCGCUGAAUAGCAAAUGGGCGGGCAGAGCUAUUACGUAUGCCUGUAUUGAAGCGUUGCGUAAGUUAUGGGCAAAAAAUUGUGAAAAUUACAUCAGGAUUGAAUUUAAUUUACUUUCACAAGGGAAGUACCCCAAGUGCGACGCUCGGAUUUUUUUUAAAUUUUGCACACACGUCGAGCAUGAACUAAAUAUCAAUUCCUGAAAGUUUUAGCUCGCGCUUUGCAAGCGCCGCCGAGAUAUUGAACGAUCUUUGCCGCUGAGAGAGCACGCUAAACGUGGAGAGCGGUCAGCGAGAAAAACACUUUUUGGCCAUAACUUUGGCAGUUUCGUGGGGAAAAAUUUGAUUUUUUGUAGAAACCUUACCCUCUGUGGUAGAAAUAGGCCUGAAACUUUUUGUGCCGGAAUUCGGCGAAAAGUGUCAAAUUUUCACCAGAUUUUCGAUCUAAAAAUCUCGGUUGUUUCUGCAAAGCGCGAGCUAGGACUCUCGCAUAUAUUUUAGAAAAAGCUAUUCUUAAUUUGUGUCAAGUGUCAUCAAAAACAAUCAUACAAAAUACCGCCUUUUCAGCCAGUGUAAACGCUUGUUGCGAAUCUCACGAUGAAUGCUACAGAGAGAAGGCGGGAAGAGGGCCGUGUGACGAAACAUUCUGCGAUUGCAUGAAGCGCAGUAUGAGUCAAUGUCAUUCUUUGGUCUCGGUUUUGGUCACAAAUGCAUUUUGUCAAAUUGUGGAAGAGAAUGGAGAAAAAUCUUAUUUACAGGGGUGA